AUGAAUGAAUAUAAAAAGGAUGAAUGGGAAGAAAGUCGAGGAGAUUUUUUACAAAUCUGUUUAGAAGAAUUUAUUAAGAAAGAUAAUGAAGACAUGAAUAAUAUAAAUGAUGAAUUACCUAUUGAACAAAGUGAAAAUAUUGAAGAUAUUCUCAUGUUAGAGAGACAAAAAAUUAUAUGGCUUCAAUGGAUUAAACGAAAUAAAUAUAUGCUACAAAAAUGGAAUAAAGAAGAAUGGUUUCAUAAAUUAAAAAAAAAUUGGAAAGAUGAAAUGAAUAGAUAUGAUCAGAAAUUAUUUUUUUUGAAAAAUAAAGAAAGUGAUAAAUGUAUAAACCCUAUGUUAGAAAGACAAAAAUAUAUAUGGAGAAAAUGGAUUGCAAAACAUUUAUAUCAUCUUGAUGAUUUGGAAAAUGAAGAAUGGUUUAAUUUAUUAAUGAAUAAAUAUGAAAAAGAUAAAGAUGAUUUGAAAAGUGAUAGAAAUGAUAAAAUGGAUGACAUGGAAAAGAAAAAGCUGAUAACAAAAUUAUUUAUUGAAAUACAUAUGAUGGUAAUCGAAGAUUUUAAGGAGGAAGAAUGUUUCAUGAAUAAAGAAAAUUUUGUUAAUACAUAUAUAAAUGAGUUGAAAAAAGAAGAAGCUUGUGAAAAAAAUAGAGAAAUGUUACAUAUAUUGAAUAAUAUAAAAAAAGAUAUAAAAUUAGGAUAUGAAAAUACAAAAUUGAAUGAAUGGAAACAAGAAAAAUGGUUUGAUAAUUUAAAAAAAGCAUGGAAAGAAGGUGAAUGUAAAAAAAUCUUUGUUGAUAUAGAAAAAGGAAAUUUGGACCUGACACAAAUUAAUAUAAUAAAUAAUUAUAUGUUAGAAAUUCAAAGAAGUUUGUUAAAAAAAUAUUGGGAAGAUAUAGAAAUAAGUUGGAUAGAUGAUGAUAAUCAAACUGACUGGUUAAAAAUAGCUAUAAAUUUGAAUGAUUAUGACAAUAACAAUAAAAAAAAGGUAUUUAAUAGAAGAUAUAAUUAUAUGAGAAAUGAAAAUUUACAUAUUAAAAAAAAGAAGAAUAUCAUAAAUGAGGAACAUUCAAGUGAGGAUAAUAAGUGUAUAUAUCAAAAUAAUCAUUCUUAUAUUAAAAGGAUUAUAGAAAUAUAUAUGGAAAGGGUAAAUGAAAUUAAAAAAAAAGAAUGGGAAGAGAACAAAUGGGAGUUUUUAAAAAUUGCUUUAGAAGAAUAUAUACAAAUGCAAUUCAAAAAACAAAAGAAUUUAUGUAUUGAAGAAAUAAUAAUAAAAAAUAAAAAUACAAAUGAUGAUAAUAAUGGCUACCUAGAACAAAUUUUUUUGUGGAAUCAAUGGAUAGAAAGGAAAAGAUAUAUAAUGGAAAAAUGGAAAUAUGAAAAAUGGUUUGAAGAAUUAAAGAUUGAAUGGAUAAAAGAACAGGGUAUAUAUAUAAAAGAAGAAGAAAUAGAAACAUUUAUAAAAGAUGAAGAAAAAAAAAAAAUAAUAAAUAAUAACAACGACAGCAACAACAACAAUAACAACAACAAAAAUAAUAAUAAUGAUAUAUUAAUCCAAAAUGAAAAAAUCGUGUGGAAAAGAUGGUUAAAAAAACAAGAAAAAAAUAUACAAAUAUAUAAAAAUGAAUUAAAUGAUAGAAUAAAAGAAACACAAACAAAAUUAAAUCUAUUUAAUCAAAUCUUACAAUUAAAACAAAAAGAAAAUGAAUAUUAUAAUAUAAACAAACAGACAAAUCAAGAUAUGACACAAACAAAUAUUCAAAAUAUAUUACAACAACAAUAUAAAAAUAACACACAAGUAAAUAUAAUACUCCAAUUAUUAUAUAAUGGUGAUAUCAAAAAAUAUGUUGAUCAAUUAAUACCUCUAACACAAAAAAUACAAAAUAAAAUGAAUACAGAAACAUGUAGUCAACAAAAUAUCAAACAAAUGCUUACAAAUUAUAUAGAUGAAUGUAAACCUAUACAAAAUAUAUCAGAAGAAAAUAUUUAUACACUAUAUCAAGAAAUCAAAAAAAUUAUAGAAAAGAUGGAAUAUGAAAUUAUUCGAAAUAUAGAAGAAACAUCAAAUCAGUUGAAAACAAAAAUUAAAAUAUUAUUUGAUAAAAUAAAUGAAAAAUAUCAGGACUUAUCAAAAAAUUUAAAUCAAAUGAAUGAAGAAAAAAUGGAAUUAGGACAAAUGGAAAAUAAUCUAAAAGGGAAGCAUGAACAAAUAAAAAAGGAAAAUAUUCAACAGGGAGAUAUAAAAUAUAUAGAAAGUAAUAAUAACAAUAAUAAUAAUAAUAAUAUUAAUAAUAAUAAUAAUAUUAAUAAUAAUGGUGAGAAUUAUGAUAUCCGUUUUUUUGAUUCUACUAACCUUUUUGAUCAUUCCCAAUUUGUUAGAACAAAACAAAAUAUAAACAACCAAAAAAAUAAUAUACAAAGCAACAUAAAUAAUAUCAAAAGUAUGAUAAUAAAUUUACAAAAAGAAAUAAACAAUUAUAAUAUUCUUAAAACUAAAUACAGCCAUUUAUAUGAUAAAACUAAAAUAUUAGAAGAAUUAAAAAUAUUAACUCAAGAAAUUAAUAAUAAAAAUAUUAUGACAAAAAUUUAUGAUAUAGAAACAACAUAUCAAAUUAAUUUACAUAAUAUAGAAAAAAUGUUCAGAAAUAUUAAUAGUAUUCAUUAUAAAAUAAAUAUGUUAAAUAUCUUAAAUGUAUUAAACACUUCUAUCAAACAAACAUAUAAUAAUAAUAUAUCUAUUGAAAGCUUAAAAAAUAAAAUUAAUAACUUAAAAAAUUCAACACAAGAAUAUAUUAAUCAAAUUAAUUCUAUACCAUCUAAUUUAAUACCAGAACAUAUAAAACAAACAAGUCUAAACGAACUAAAUAUUUAUAUUAAACAAAUAUAUGAUAAAUUAAAUGAAAAUGUUAUUAAUAAUUUAUAUACAAAAUCUAAGGAUUCACUACAAUUUUAUAUUAACAAGAAAAAUAAUAUUACUAUUAAUAUAAAUAAUGAUGAUAAUAAUAAUAAUAAUAAUAAUAUUGUAUUUAAUGAUAUAAAAGAUUAUGAAAUAUAUAAAACAAAUAAAUUAUACGAAUGCAUACAAAUCAAAAAAGAUAUAGACGAAUUAUAUAAUAUUUAUAAUCAACUAUUUAAAAAUAUAUCCAAUAAUUAUUAUAAGCACUCUCUAAAUUUUGUAUAUUCUCUAAAUAAUCAUAUGGUAUAUAUUUUUCAAGAUACUAAAUAUGGAAAAACUAAAAAUGAAAAUAUUUUAUCAGACAUAGAUAAUAUUAUAAAACUAAAUGAAAAGAAAGAAUCAUAUAAAAAUGUAGACACAAAUAAAAUACAACAAAUAAAAGAACAAAUUAAAUAUUUCUUACAAUUAUUUCAUAUAUUUCAAGAAAAUAUAAAUAAUUUCCAAAAUUUAUAUAAAGAAUUACAUAGCAAAAUGAACGAUAAAAUUAAUAAUAAUCUUAAAAAUAUUGAACAAAUUUUUAUAAACGAUAAUUAUACAUUACAAGAACAAAAUACAUUUUAUAAUCAACUCCAAAAUCAAAUCAUACAAAUAAAAAAUACCAAUCAAGAAUUCAUACAUAAUAUUAAUAACAAUCAACAAAUAUUAAAUAAUUCUCAAGUACCAAAUAUUGUUUUUAAUAUUUAUAGGAAAUUUCAAAACAUUAAUAAUGAUAUUAAUAGGAAAAGAUUUAAUAUACAAAAAAAAAUUACACAGACAAUUAAUUCAUAUGAUGUAAUAAAUUACAACAAAAAUAAUAUGCUAAAUAUUUUUCAACAACUAAAAAAUAUACAACAACAAUUAAAUACAACAGAAAGACAAUUGAAUGAUAUUAAACAAAAUAUCAAUCACUUCAAAUAUUUGAAUCAAUCCGAUCAUACCAUUUCUAUACUAAAUAUAAUCAAAAAUGAAAAACAAAAAAUUCAACAAUUCAACAAGAACAUACAACACUUCAAGGAAGACACACAAAUUAUGAUAACCAAGUUAAUACAACCCACACAUAUACAAUUCCAUAAAAUGAAAUCCACAAUAACACAACAGGAAGAUAAUACACAUCUACAAAGAAGUCGACUCACAAAUGAUGCUACACAAAUUCAUAAUAUAAAUGAUACAAAUAAUGCAAUGAGAAAUAAUAGAACUAAUGUAAGACAAAAUGGUAGUACAUAUGACGUUAUAAAUACCACCAUGGCUGUCAAUACAAAUCUUUUAACAAAUGAUGAUCAACAAAAUAAUCAAAGGAACACUUAUAGAAAUAAUAAUAUUCAUACAAAUGAAAUGAAUACAAAUAAUGUAUAUCCAAAUGAUAUCAAUACAAUUAAUGUAUAUCCAAAUGAUAUCAAUACAAAUAAUGUAUAUCCAAAUGAUAUCAAUACAAAUAAUGUAUAUCCAAAUGAUAUCAAUACAAAUAAUGUAUAUACAAAUAAUUAUCAACCAAAUAAUGAUGAAAAAAUAUCAUUACAACAUAAAACAAUUAAUAUAUCACAACGUACCAUGGAUGAUUCAAACCUCAAUCGAAAUAAUAAUACAUAUAAUACAUCUUCACAACAAAAAAAUAAACCCCAUACAAAUAAUAAUAGUAAUAAUAGAUACAACCAUUAUGAUAAUAAACAAAACGAAAAUAAAUAUAAUCAAAGAAAACCAUCAGCGAAUGAUAACUCAUAUUAUAGAAUUCUUUAUGCUGGAGGAAUUACUGCUGUCUUACUCUUAUGUUCAAGUACUGCAUUUAUGUUCAUAAAAAACCCUAAUGAACCACAUCAUAUUUUUAAUAUAUUCCAAAAGGAAUUUAGUCAAGCAGAUGAUGAAGAGUUACAAGAAAAAGAAGAAUAUCUGCCUGUAUAUUUUGAUGAAAAUGAUAAUGAGGAUUUUAAUGAUAUAUGA